UCGGGCUCUCUGUCCCCCCGGAGUUGAUUCUUUUCAAUAAUGAUUUUAUUCAUGACACGAGCAUGGUUGCAGCAGAUGGAUUGCUAUCUGCAGAAUGCGAGGCCGCCAUGACUGCUCCCAUUGCCUGCAGUACAUACUUCCGGGCUGGUGUAGACGAGACUCGCUCUAAGGAAGCGAUGGACAUGUCAUCCAUCUGCACCGACACCUGCGAGCAGUCUCUCGCUCAGUAUCAUGACUCGGUGCUCUCGGCCUGUCAAGACUACCCGGACCCCUGGCCCGGUGUACCUGCUACUGCGUACGGGGAUGGCAUUUGGAUCAACUACAACUACGUCUGCGGGAAAGGUCCUGUGGUGCAGCUCGAUGACUGUACGUAUUCUAUGCAGAAAAUGAAGACUAUUCUAAUAUGCACAGAUCUCGACGGCUACGACUUCGACGAUUACGACGACCCCUCGGACGAACCAGCCACCAGUCCGUAUGUCAUACUCGAUCCCUUUCUCCCAGUUCCCACAUUAUCCGCAAAGGAAGGGUCCCAAAACACAGAUUCGCCAGACGACCUGACCGUGCAACACAACCCUAAACGCGAGAUUGUUAGAAACAACAGCAAGAGAGACUGGUCAACAGAUGCAGCUGUCUGUCAACAACACACUGUCCAGUCGGGCGACACGUGCUGGAGGAUCGCAAACACGUACCGAGUCACUCUCGCGCAACUGCGAGCAUGGAAUAGCUUUAUCAACGCCGAGUGCACGAACCUGAUCAUUGGGGACCAGAUCUGCGUCAGCGAGCCAGCUUCUGGGAACUCGACCGUCACGACCCCGACGCAGGCUACUUCGACCAUGUCCACCCCAUACGCGACAGCCACGGUGGCCCCGCCAGGCCCGGUAGCCAGGGGUACAACUACAAAAUGUGGAAGGUAA